AAUUUUUAUUCUAAAGCUAAGUUACUGGGUGUCCCUGAAGGCGAUAUUAUUGUUGUUCUUCCCUGUCUGGUUUUUGCAUGCGUUGAUGUGUCGAGUUAUUGAAUAGUUUGAUGCCUGGGUGACCAUAACCUCUGCUUAAUACAUUAAUAACAGAUUUUAUAGGGCGUCUUUUAACUUUAGACCUGCGUUUAAGUACCUAAGGACGUCGCUAAGUUGUCUUUAAACGUUAAAGCUAUAUGCUAGCUCAUGCUGCUGUAAAUAAACUGGGAAGAUCCACAGUAGACACACAGGAGAUACCUUGUUAACGCACUUUGGGGCAAGUUAAUAGGACUCAGCAGGGUUUACACACCUCUGGAUUAGUUCUCCAUGAGGAUAAAAUCUAUGAUGGGCAUGCCCACUCGGAUAGAGUGUAUAUUUUUCAGCGAAUUUCAUCCUACUCUGGGUCCCAAGAUAACAUAUCAGGUUCCAGAAGAGUACAUCUCACGGGAGCUCUUUGACACCGUUCAGGUUUAUAUUAUCACCAAGCCAGAGCUACAAAACAAAUUAAUAACAGUCACUGCAAUGGGAAAAAAGUUAAUUGGCUGCCCAGUGUGCAUCGAACAUAAGAAAUAUAGCCGAAAUGCCCUCCUGUUUAACCUCGGCCUUGUUUGCGAUGCCCGAACCAAUACUUGCAGCCUCGAGCCUAUUGUUAAGAAGCUAUCUGGAUACCUUACAACUCUGGAGCUGGAGAGCGGCUUUAUAUCCAAAGAGGAGAGCAAACAGAAGCUUUUACCCAUUAUGUCAACUUUGUUAGAGGAUCUUAAUGCCACGGGAGCCUGCACCCUACCCAUUGAUGAGUCUAACACCAUUCAUCUAAAGCUGAUUCAGCUGCGAAAAGACCCCCCAAUAGUUCAGGAGUACGACGUGCCAGUCUUUACCCAGUGCAAAGACCACUUUAUCAAGUCUCAGUGGGAUCUCACCACUCAACAGAUUCUUCCCUACAUCGAUGGAUUUAGACACAUCCAGAAAAUUUCUGCUGAAGCAGACGUUGAGCUGAAUCUUGUUCGUAUUGCAGUGCAGAAUCUCCUGUACUAUGGUGUUGUGACUCUGGUGUCAAUUUUCCAGUACUCUAAUGUGUACUGCACCACCCCAAAAGUCCAGAGCCUCAUAGAUGACAAGUCCAUUCAGGAGGAGUGCCUUAACUACGUCACUAAGCAGGGUCAGAAACGCGCGAGUCUGAGAGAUGUGUUCCAGCUGUAUUGUGGGCUAAGUCCGGGAACAACAGUCCGAGACCUUUGCUCACGCUACUCACAGCAGCUUCAAAGGGUCGACGAGAGGAGGCUGAUCCAGUUUGGACUAAUGAAGUGUCUUAUUCGACGGCUGCAGAAGUAUCCCGUGAAGGUGAUCCGCGACGAGAGAAGCAGGCCUCCUCGACUCUAUACCGGUUGUCAUAGUUACGAUGAGAUCUGCUGCAAAACAGGGAUUACUUACCAGGAGCUUGAUGAACGUUUGGAAAACGAUCCUAAUAUUGUCGUGUGCUGGAAGUGAUGGGGCAGAAGGGUACAGCAGUGCCUAAGCAGCCAAAGAUGCCUUGAACUAGAGAAGGAGGUUUCUUCAAUUAACAGAGAAAAUAAUGAGUAGCGUUUUGCAGUUUUCUUAGCUUAGUUUUGUUCAAAAAAGAAAAAAAACUUGAAAGAUUGGAUAUCACACUCAUUAUGUGGCUAUACAAUCCAUUCAUUAAAUGGAAAAAAGGCUAAAAAUAUCUAUUUCACGUGGGUUUCAUACUUCAUACAUAUUUUGCUAUCUUUAUUGCUUUGACUCUACUUAUAACCCCAAAUUCAUGUCAUUUCUACUGCACAAAUAACAUUCCAACAUAAAAACAGAUUGCACUGCCACAUAUCCUUUAGCUGAUUCUACUCAUUCCUGGAGGGUUGAAGAUCCCUUUGCAGUUAGUUAAUGCAAUGUUAUUAGCAUUUGUAUUUGAAUUUGUACUUUAUUUAUAUGCUGCAUUUUUGCUCUAACGGAAGCACUGAAAGCGUUUCUUACUGCAAGAUACAUCCACCCAUUCACACACAGAUAAGGGCAGUUUCGGUUCAUUUUUUUACCCAAGGAUAUUUAAAUAUGUCUGACCUUCAGAUUAGUAGGUGAUGAAACAUAUUAUUUAUAACUGUUUACAAAAUAGUAAAAACUUUUUAAUGUAACUUAGCGGCAGUAAAAUUCAUCAUGGGAGUGAAGCCCUGGAACAAGCAGGUACAGUCUUAUGUUAUCACACUGUGAAGAAAAUAUUUGAAAUAAAAUGCUUUGAAAUUA